AUGGUAUUUCUGUUUCUAGGAUUGCUGGGAUACCAGCGUUUCUCGUCAUUUACACUGUACUUCCAAGUGCAAUAUAUACAGCACGACACAGAAGUAGUAAAGGAAAUUGGUAUAUUCCACCAGAACCUACUGAUGAGUCACCAUCGAUGCAGGCCAAAUUGGUUC